AUGGACGCCGCUACAAUCGAAGAGACGAACCGAAUCCGGAUCUCCCUGGGCAUGAAGCCCUUGCCCGUCCCCGGAGCCGACACGCAACAAGAAAAUGGACAAAGCGAUGUCUCCGACAGCGAUGCCGAGGUCGAGGGAAGCACCCUGGAAACUCGACAGGCCCAGGCCUACGACAACUACAAGAGCCACAUGGACUCAGAAGUCCAGAAGAAGAAGCGGGAGGAAAGAGCUGCGGCCGUGCGAAAGGCUCGCGAAAAGGCACAGCGUUUCGCCCUCGUCGAAGGUCAAGGGCUCGGCGAUGACAGCCAGGGAGGCGAUCUCGAUGCUAAAUCGUGGCUGAUGGGCCAGAAAAAGCGCCUCAAGAAGAUUAGCAAGGCCAGAAAGCUGGAGGACGAGUUGGCGGCCGCGGAAGAGGAGGCGGCGGCCGCCAUUCAGUACACUUCCAGGGAUCUUGCCGGCAUGAAGGUCGCCCACGACUCGUCCGCCUUCCUGGAAGGAGACGAGCAGGUUCUCACGCUCAAGGAUACCACCAUCGACGAAAACGAGGAGGAGGGCGACGAGCUGGAAAACCUUGACAUCCGAGACCAAGAGAAGCUCACCGAGAGGCUGGAUCUUAAGAAGCAGCGAUUUGGCUACAACCCCAACAAUGCUCAAGACGACGAGGAAGAUCACGGCAUCUUGGCCCAGUACGACGAGGAGAUUGUUGGCAAGAAGAGGAAAAAGUUCACCCUCGACUCGGAUGGGGCAAUCGCCGAGCUCUCCGACAUUCUGGGACAACCGGCCCAAAGAGCGAGCAAAGUACAAACUAUCAGCCUGGACGAUGUAGUUGGUACGCGCCCGUGGAAUAACCCCGCCGGUGGUUCGAAGCUAACACCGUCAAACAUAGGCGACGCACCCGUCUCCUCCGACUAUCUGGCGCCAUCCGAGAUCAAGAUCAAGAAGCCCAAGAAAAGGAAGACUAGGGGGGUGAGGCAGAGGCAACACGACGAAGACGACAGCUUCCCAUUAGCGCCUCCCGACACCGACGCCGAUGCGAUGGACACCGACGCAAGGGAUGCCGGCUUCGGCAAAAAGCGACAAGCGGCGGCGGAUGAGUUUGUAGAUGACGAGGAUCUUCAAGCCUCUUUGGCAAUGCAGAGAAGAAGUGUCCUGAAAAAGCGCAAGAAAACUCGGCCAGAGGACAUUGCAAAGCAGCUCAAGGAACUAGCAGACGAUUCCGAGGGCACCGAUGACGCCCGGAGCAAAGGUCUCGUCAUCGGGGAGAUAUCGGAAUUUGUCGCCGGUCUGAGCAAGCGAAGUGAGGAAAAAGAACAGAAACCCAGGCAGCAAAAUUCGGACGAAGAGAGGAAACCGAACACUGGGUCGCAGCACCAAAGCAACGGCGCAGAUGAAGAUGUCCCGAUGGAUGACGUGGUAAACACCCACGAUGGAACAGUCUCGGACGGGGUGCUACUUGAGCCGGAAGAUACGGACAAAGCUGUCGAGGAGGAAAAGGCCGUCGGAAGCGGCAUGGGUGCGGCUCUUUCGCUGCUGCGGGAGCGAGGCUUGAUUGAAGAGUCUCGGGGGGAGAGCACGUUCCAGAACCAUCUCGGGCGUCAAGAAUUCAUGAGAAAAAAACGGGAGCUGGAGGAGGAGCUGGAUGAGAAAUCCCGACAGCAGCGGGAGCGGGACCGGUCCAGCGGCAAGCUAGACCGCAUGUCCAAGGCAGACAGGGAAGAAUACGCGCGACAGCAAAACGCGUGGCGCGAGCACCAGUUUUCGCGAAAGAUGGCGGAGCUGAUAUCGUCAAAUUACAAGCCCAACGUCGAGCUCACCUACACGGACGAGCAUGGUCGGAGUCUGGACCGCAAGGAGGCUUUCAAGCACCUCAGCCACCAGUUCCACGGCAAGGGCAGCGGCAAGGGAAAGACGGAGAAGAAGCUCAAGCAGAUCGAGGACGAGAAGAGACGCGAGGCCCAGAGUCUUUUCGACCCCAACCAGAAUGGCGGCAUGAACGCGGCGACGGCCCAGCAGCUCAAAAAGCGCAAGGAGGCCGGCGUUCGGCUCAUCUAG